AUGUCUUUCCUCUUCAGCCGAAACCGUCAGAAGACGCCGCAGGAGCUUGUUCGAGCAUUGAAGGAUACCAUCAUGCGGCUGGACACGCCGCUGGAGAAACGUCGGGCGUCCGAGGAAGCCACGAGGUUGCUCUCUCAGCUCAAGGUGAUCCUACAGGGAAACACGGAGUCCGAACCCUUGCCCGACCAAGUGCAAGCUCUCUCCGACGAAGUCAUCAACAAAGACCUCCUCCCGCUUCUCGCAGAGAAUCUCUUCCGAUUGGAUUUUGAGGCCAAAAAAGAUGUUGUAGCGCUCUUCAACGGUCUCCUCCGUUACCGCCCACCGGUCGGACACUUUGGUCAACACGUCUCCCCUCUCUACCCCGUCGUCGAAUACCUCAGCCAUGACGUCAACGAGCGCAACCGCAGGAACCCCCCGGAUACCCUCCGGACGCUGGUCGAGCACUACAAGUAUCACCCGGAGGUUGCCAACAACUGUGGCACAAUCCUGCGCGAGAGCUUCAAGCAUGAGUCGCUGGCAAGGGUUGUGCUGUAUGGAGAGAUGUUCUGGGAUUUCUUCGACUAUGUGCAGGGAGGAAGCUUCGACAUAGCUAGCGAUGCCUUCUCAACGUUUAGAGAACUUCUGACAAGGAACAAGAAGCUAGUAGCCGAAUUCUUGAGCGAAAGACAGGUCGAUUUCUUCCUUCGAUAUAAUACCCUGUUGGUAUCGUCGAACUACGUCACCAAGCGACAGUCGAUCAAACUGCUCGGCGAAAUCCUUUUGGAUCGCGCAAACUACAAUGUGAUGCUGGAAUACGUCGACUCACCGGAGCAUCUCAAGUUGACCAUGAACCUUCUGAGAGAUAAGAGCAAGAACAUCCAAUACGAAGCAUUCCACGUCUUCAAAGUUUUCGUGGCCAAUCCUAAGAAAUCGAAGGCGGUGCAAGACAUCCUGUUGAAGAACCGCGAGAAGCUUCUGGUAUUCCUGCCCAAGUUCCAUGAAGAACGAAAGGACGACGAGCAGUUUAUAGACGAAAAGAGUUUUCUGAUGAAGCAGAUCCGAGAUCUGGGACAGCAGCCCCACCAUCCCCAGCAGCAGUACUCGCAUUCUGGUAUGGUGUCGGCUUAG